UCUGUCGGUCUGUCGGUCUGGACCUAAUAGCAGCACGAUGUUCAGGACGGUUCUUCUUCUGUGGUCUGUGUCUGUGCUGCUGGUGGAGGGAGACCUGGACAUCAAUGAUGGAGCUGUUCAGGCCAUGUUCACAGAUAAAGACUCUACCUCUGAUGAAGCUCCUACAGAGGGUAUGAAUGCCAUCUCCCCUGACCAGUCUGAUACAAGCAGCACCAGUGUGGAAGCUGGACAAGAUGCAGCCAAUCAUAUCCCUGGACCUGAUGUCACUGUUGGGAGCAGCGCUGAAGAAGAUGAAAAUGAGCAUCCAGACUCUGAGGAAGAUGAGAGUCAAACAUUUACCUCACGUUUGGCAAACACAAAGCCUGGUGCUCAACACCCACAACCCCCCAACCUACAGCCCUCACAGCCGAAGCCUGUACUGCCCCAGCCUGUAAUGCCCCAGCCUAUCGUACCCCAGCCCAGGGUGGCUGCUGUGCGGAGCAGGGCUUCAUCCAAAAGAAGAUCUAGAACAGGCAGACGUCAGAUGUGACCACUCAGAGAAACACAUACACAAAACAUGAAGACUAAUGCUGAUGUCACCGAGUUGUUUCCAGCUGCCUCAGGUGUUUGAUGUCCACUCAUCUUAUGUUCCUGUGUCUGCUAAUGACGCUUUGAUAUCCAUUAUUUACACAGGUAUACCAAGAAUGUCAAGAGUUUUUGCUGUAAACCUCUCUUGGCUUCUUAUCUUCCAAUUAUUCCCCAAUAAUAAACUUUA